UUCAUAAUUCAAAAGUCUUGUUCACUCUACUAGUACCAUUUUUCUCUUCCAAAAAAAAAAAAAAAAAAAAGAGCAUGAAAAACCUCUCGUUAGUUGGGAAUGAUCGGAUGAUUAAUCAUGGCCAGGUGGUGGUGGGCCCCACAUAAGCCGAGGAAGAAGCUUGGUUUACGCGGGCGGUGCCAUCUCUCUUGCGACAGUACGGGUGGGGUGGGGUUGAUUUGUUGCCGUUGAUUCUUGGAAUUUCUGACAAUGGCGUCGCGAGGUUCCUCCUCUUCCACCAAUGGCUUGUUGACGUCCUCUGCCGCUGCCGCCCCGCGCAAUGCUUACCAGACAGACGUGGAGGCCGGCAAGGACGGCGGUCAGCAAGACGGGCACUUUGACGAGACCGCCGACGAUGCCUCGUCUGCUGAUCCCUUCGACAUUGCCAACACCAAGAAUGUGCCUCUGGAGACGCUCAAACGAUGGAGGCAAGCAGCACUAGUGUUAAAUGCUUCCCGCCGUUUUCGGUACACUUUGGACUUGAAAAAGGCAGAAGAGAAAGAGCAAAGGAGGAGGAUGAUUAGAUCACAUGCACAAGUCAUAAGAGCAGCAUUGCUUUUCAGAAUGGCUGGGGAACGGCAAAUUGUAUUGGGCCCAACUGUCGCUCCUCCAUCUCCAAAUGGUGAUUAUGCCAUUGGGCUAGAACAGCUUGCUUCAAUGACCAGGGAUCACAACAUUUCUGCUUUACAACAAUAUGGAGGGGUCAAAGGCUUAUCAGCUAUGCUGAAAACAAAUCUAGAGAAGGGAGUUGUUGGGGAUGAGAAUGAUUUGUUCAAACGAAGGAAUGCAUUUGGAUCAAAUACAUACCCUCGGAAAAAAGGGCGGAGUUUCUUGCGGUUCCUCUGGGAAGCUUGGCAAGAUUUAACUCUCAUCAUAUUAAUUGUAGCCGCUGUGGUGUCGUUGGUGCUUGGAAUAAAAACAGAGGGUCUUGAAGAGGGAUGGUAUGAUGGGGGAAGCAUUGCCUUUGCUGUCUUGCUUGUCAUAGUUGUUACAGCUGUUAGUGAUUAUCGUCAGUCUCUUCAGUUUCAAAAUUUAAAUGCAGAAAAGCAAAAUAUACAGCUGGAGGUCAUGAGAGGCGGAAGAGCAGUAAAAAUUUCCAUAUUUGAUAUUGUUGUUGGUGAUGUGGUACCUCUUAAGAUAGGUGAUCAGGUCCCUGCUGAUGGAAUUUUAAUUACUGGUCAUUCUCUUGCGAUUGAUGAAUCAAGCAUGACUGGCGAAAGCAAGAUUGUUCGCAAGGAUCACAAAGCACCCUUUCUAAUGUCUGGUUGCAAAGUGGCAGAUGGUGUUGGUACAAUGCUGGUAACUGGCGUUGGAAUUAAUACAGAAUGGGGAUUGUUAAUGGCAAGUAUAUCAGAGGAUACAGGUGAAGAAACGCCUUUACAGGUACGCUUGAAUGGAGUGGCAACUUUCAUAGGCAUUGUUGGGCUUUCGGUGGCUGUUUCUGUGCUUGCCGUACUUUUGGGCAGAUACUUUAGUGGACAUACAAAAACUCAUGAUGGAAGUCGCCAGUUCAUCAGGGGUAGGACUAGUGUUAGUGAUGCUGUAGACGGAGUCAUUAAAAUAUUCACCAUUGCGGUCACAAUUGUGGUUGUUGCAGUGCCGGAAGGGCUCCCUUUGGCUGUCACCUUGACACUAGCCUAUUCGAUGAGGAAAAUGAUGGCAGACAAAGCAUUGGUGCGGAGGUUGUCUGCCUGUGAGACUAUGGGCUCUGCAACAACAAUUUGUAGUGAUAAGACUGGAACGUUGACUUUAAAUCAGAUGACAGUUGUCGAGGCAUACGUUGGCAAAAAGAAGAUGAAUCCCCCAGAUGACCCCUCACAGUUGCACUCAGAUGCUUCUGCUCUACUGAGUGAGGGCAUUGCACAAAAUACCACAGGCAAUGUUUUUGUGCCAAAGCAGGGUGAUGGAGAUGUAGAGAUCACUGGAUCUCCCACAGAAAAGGCUAUACUUUCUUGGGCUAUGGAGUUGGGGAUGAAGUUUGACAUCAUCAGAUCAGAGACUAUUGUUCUCCAUGUUUUCCCGUUCAACUCAGAGAAAAAACGAGGGGGUGUUGCACUGAAACAGAAGGAUUCAAAAGUUCAUAUACAUUGGAAGGGUGCAGCUGAGAUAGUUUUGACCUCGUGUACAAGGUAUCUUGACUCAAAUGGUUGUGUGCAGUCCAUCCAUGCAGACAAGGACUUUUUCAUGGAAUCUAUUGAUGACAUGGCUGCAAGAAGUCUGAGAUGUGUCGCCAUUGCAUACAGAGCCUAUGAUUUGGCCAAAGUUCCUGUCGAGGAAGAACAAUUGGCUCAAUGGGCUUUACCUGAAGAUGACCUCGUUUUACUUGCUAUUGUUGGAAUAAAAGAUCCUUGUCGUCGUGGAGUCAAGGAUGCAGUAAAAGUAUGCACAGAAGCUGGUGUUAAGGUACGCAUGGUUACUGGAGACAAUCUUCAAACAGCUAAAGCAAUUGCUCUGGAGUGUGGAAUACUUCGUUCAAUUGCAGAGGCUACUCAUCCUAAUAUCAUUGAAGGGAAAGAAUUCCGUGUAUUAUCUGAAAAGGAUAGGGAACAAGUUGCCAAGAAAAUAACGGUAAUGGGAAGGUCUUCCCCGAAUGACAAGCUUUUACUCGUACAAGCAUUACGUAAGGGGGGAGAUGUUGUUGCUGUAACAGGAGAUGGCACUAAUGAUGCCCCUGCACUUCAUGAGGCAGAUAUUGGUCUUUCGAUGGGCAUUCAAGGAACUGAAGUCGCAAAAGAAAGUUCAGAUAUCAUUAUCUUGGAUGAUAACUUUGCUUCAGUUGUCAAGGUUGUUCGCUGGGGGCGUUCUGUGUAUGCAAAUAUUCAGAAAUUUAUUCAGUUCCAGCUUACGGUCAAUGUUGCUGCUCUUGUAAUUAAUGUUGUGGCGGCAAUAUCUUCUGGUGAUGUUCCUCUAAAUGCAGUACAGCUUCUGUGGGUUAACUUGAUCAUGGAUACUCUUGGAGCACUUGCAUUGGCUACCGAACCACCUACAGACCACCUCAUGCGUAGAUCACCAGUUGGCCGAAGGGAACCUCUUGUAACAAACAUUAUGUGGAGGAACUUAAUCAUACAGGCUUUGUAUCAAGUUGCUGUCCUUUUGGUCCUCAAUUUUUCUGGCAAUAGUAUUCUCCGUCUGAAUAAUUACACGAGAGAGCAUGCUGUGGAUGUUAAGAAUACUGUUAUAUUCAAUGCAUUUGUUCUCUGCCAAAUAUUCAACGAGUUUAAUGCUCGAAAGCCUGAUGAAAUAAAUGUCUUUAGUGGAGUGACUAAAAAUCACCUCUUCAUGGCAAUCGUUGGGAUUACUUUUGUCCUUCAGAUAAUCAUCAUUGAAUUCCUUGGAAAGUUCACUUCAACCGUAAGACUUAAUUGGGCAUAUUGGCUUGCAUGUGUUGGCAUCGCGAUCGUCAGCUGGCCUCUUGCUAUAUUUGGAAAACUCAUUCCCGUCCCGAAGACCCCAUUAAGCGAGUACUUCCGCAGACCGAUUCGCUGGUACAGAACUUCCCUUAGAGCAUAGAUCUCAUCUCGUGGGAUUGAGAAAAAGCAUGCUACGAGUAUAAGUUAAAGAUCUCUCUACAUACAGUUUGUUUUUUUUUUGUUUUUUUUUGUUUUUUUAAAUCCUCUUUUUGCAUUCAGACAAUGCUAUAGAGGUUCCUUAUGUCUAAUUUACAUUACCAUUUGUGAAAUUGGCAAGUGGUUUUCUUUGGUUUUGUCUUACGUCGAAAAAAAAAGGGGAAAGAAUAUGAUUUGUAUAUAUUACUUGCCACUGGAGCGUAAUAUUUGGCUCAUUAUGCUUUGUGCAAAACGCCUUAGUUUGGCGACCGUUUGGUUUAGUGCCACCGGUAGUUUGAGAGUAGUGUGGCUUUGGGGAGGUUACGGGAUCGAACCCGCCUUGUGUGUGUGUAAUGCUAAAGUUACUCCUGGACAUUACUUUCAAGCGAAAAGGAAAAACUAUGAAUGACUUUGC